UAUUAAUGCUCUGAAUAUCAAAGAGAGAACCUUUAACCCACUUGCUAGCAUACAGUGAAUCAACCAGUAUAUGUGAGGAUAUGAUAUUAAUAACAGUUUAUGAGCAAUCAAUGUGUUUGCAUCAGGGUGUUGAGAGUUAAAUGUCACAGUAAUAAAAUUACAUUUCAACAGCUGUGUUGGAGACUUUUUGUGGUUUUUCUUCCUUUUAUGGAAUGUGAUGCUGUUUUACUGUGAAGUCAUCAUAACCACGUAGCUCUCCUUCCGCUGUGAAAGCGGUGACCACGGAAGCAGCAAAGUGGAAAGCAUUUCUAUUAGACAUCCGCACUGACAAGCACAGACAGAUCAACCAGAAAAAAUGAGUGAUCAAGCAGGAGAAGAAGUGACCACAUCCCUCAACCAGUCAUCAGUUACAAACCAGACCGAAGUCAACGGUACGUCUAACUGUAAUCAGGCCGACAGAUCAGCCCACCCCUACUUGAUGGUGGUCUACAGCCUCGUGUUUCUGGUGGGUCUCCUCCUCAACGGCUUCGUCAUGAAGUUUUACUUCUGCCGAGCUCAGCAGAAGGCGUCCAGCAGCAUUAUGAUCUACCUGAAGAACUUGGCAGUCGCCGACUUCCUGCUCUGUCUCUCUCUCCCCAUCCGCAUCGCCCGCUACGCCAGCAGCUCCACCACCAUCCGCUUACUCAACUGCAACUUUGGCACCGCCGUCCUCUACCUCAACACGUACACCAGCAUCAUGUUCAUGGGCUACAUCGCUGCUAACAGGUAUCUGAAGGUUGUCCAACCUUCGAGAACUCACAUCCUGCAAACGGUGCGAGCCGCUCACAUCAUCUCCACGGUAACCUGGGUUUUACUCCUGCCCUUGACGAGCGCCUUCGUCAUUAUGUCGUUCCACACCCAGGAACCUUCCCCCUCUGUCACAGCGGGCUAUAAAAGCUUGCACAGUGGCCAGGUCAACUUGCUCCUCAAGAUCAUGCACACCUGGUCCGCCGCCAUAUUCCUGUUUGUCCUUGUCUCCCUGGUCUUCUUCUACUACAGCACCUCCCGCCGGGUGUCGUUGGCCCAGCAGAGGCAGCCGGCGUCCUCCAGCUCCACGAAGCUUGCAAAGUCGCGCAGAAACAUGCUAGUGCUGGUCAGUGUCUUCUGCUUUUGCUUCGUCCCCUACCACCUGGUUCGCCUCCCCAUAGCUUUCCUGUCCAGUAUUUGUUCAUCGAGCAACUUUCUCUACUACGUGAUGGAGAUCACUGUCAUAAUGUCAGCUCUCAACGUCUGCCUGGACCCGCUCAUCUACUUCAUCCUCAGCAAGAGCUUCAGGACCCAGUUUAGGCUGGGAGUGAUGUCCUGAAACUGAUAAUUACUGUCCAUAACAUUUUAACUGCCAAUAAUGUAAUAAGCAAAAUGUUGUGUCAUUAUGUAAUAAACAAUAUAAUAAAAAAUCAGAUAAAUAUUUUAUUAAUAUUAUAUAUAUAUAUAUAUAUAUAUAUCAUAUUUUUAUUUCUAAUCACAAAUAAUGUGAUGAAAGAUUUAAUAAAAAUUAAUAAUGUAAAACAUAAAAACUGCACGUGGUGUAAUAACGACCGAUAAUAUAAUUAUGUUUUAACUGCUCAUAACGUGAUAAUUGUGAAAAUGUUGUUAAAGGUGCAGUGUGUAGGAUUUGGCGGCAUCUAGCGGUGAGGUUGCAGAU